AUGGUGGGCAUAAGCAAAGCCUGUCGCCGCCCAGCGGUACAUGUCUUGCACGUAAGACGACCUCUGGAUCGAAGCCCACAAGCUCUUGCGGUACAUGGCGUUUUCGUCAAAGUACAUCACCUGGUAGAGCUUGUAGAAGUACGCAAGAAAGUGGAGAGCCAAAUGGAACGCAAGCAAGCCCAACACACUCAGCCAGAGGUUGCGGAACUGUCUUUCUUUGUUCACCUGUCUCCUGAGCGCCUCCCGCACAACAGGACUCGUCCAUUCGCCGGUGGGCGCAGAUACUUGGACGUCUUCAUCGUCGAGUUCUUCGUAUUCGGUAUGGGCCGCAGGUUCUGGCGUGGCCGAGAUGAUCGGGUUCCGCGUGGCCUGGGGCAAAGGCACGGGAAGAAAGUCGUCCAGGAGAAUGGGCCCGCCGCUGGAAAGCGGCCGGUAGUACACUGUCUCAUCAGGUUUGGAAGACGGCUUCUGUUGGGAAAAAAUCGUUUCUCGGUCUGUUUUCGCUCGGAGCCCAAGCGCCACGUUGCUUAUAGGUUUCAACGGCUCGGUUCCAAUGGCCUGGUACCGCUGGGAAAGUUGAUUAGGCUCGCCAAAAGCCGCCGGCGGUUGUUGCUGCGCCAGAUGGAUUUCGUUCCGAACUUCGUUGACCGAAGUGUCUGGGAGCCGCUUCAAGGGCGUCGAAAACUGCUCUAG